AAGAGUAAAUUAUAGCCAAGUUUCAACAAUGCUAUUUGAUGCCAAAACCAACUACAAGUGACAAAAAAAGCUAGAUCACUAUCCAUUCACGGUUCACUCUUGGCCACAAAUUCAACACAGCCUAUCCACUGCGAAAUCCAACUGGUUAGAAACCGCGAUAUCUUUUCAUUUUAACUUGUACCCUCUCUUUUCAUGAUGGAAGUUUCGUUUGAAAAAAAUGAAUCCAAACCACUCAAAGGCUGUUUGCACUUUUAUACUGCUCAAUUUGUUUUUCAUCGGUUGUUUUGCAUGGGAUAAUCUCCCUUGUCCUCCAAAAUCCGCUACCCCACCACCUUCCACUGCACCGCAGAAAUGCCCCAUCAACACGCUCAAGUUUGGUGUUUGUGGAAGUUGGUUAGGGUUGGUAAGAGAAGAAAUUGGAAGUAAACCAAGCGAGAAGUGUUGCAGCGUGGUGAAAGGUGUGGCUGAUCUUGAAGCGGCACUGUGUUUGUGCACUGCUAUUAAGGCCAAUGUGCUGGGAUCUGUCAAGCUCAAAGUUCCUGUUGCUGUUACUUUGCUCAUUAAUGCUUGUGGGAAGAAGGUUCCCUCUGGAUUUGUCUGUGCUUAGAAUAAUUUACAAAUAAUGUCUCUGUCUUUUCUGUAUCUGUUGCUUUCUGUUUAACUAAAAGUGCUGCUUAGGCUUUCGUUUGGGAUACUGAAGUUCACAAUGCUGGCUUUCGACAUUUUGAACACAGUAUUCAAAGCAUUAGUUUCCCUAAAAUUAGUGUUAUCAUGUUAAUGUGGCCCUUUAGUAACCUGAAUAAAUUCUUGAGUAAUGCUCAGCCUCUAA